UGCAGCCCCAUCGCGGGCGCAGGGGGCUCCCUGGGGAGUGCACAGCCGACCCCCGGGGCCGAGCCCUGCCCGGCGCCCACCCUCCCGGACCCCCCCAGCCGCCCCGCAGCAUGCCCCGCGGGCGAGCCUGGACGCAGGCGGAGGUCGGCAGCCUGCUGGCGCUGGUGGGAGGCUCAGGGGAGGCCGCCCUGCUGAUGGCCUCCACGUCGCGGCCCAACGAGGCUCUGUGGCAGGAGAUCUCCCGGGGGCUGGCGGCGGCCGGCUACGGCCGUAGCGUGGCCCAGUGCCGCUCCAAAUGGAAGGCGCUGAAGCAGGCUUUCCACUCGGAGCGGGAGACGCGCCGCCGUGCCGGACGGCACUCUGCGCGCCUGCCCCCGCACUACCGCGCCAUGAAGAGCAUCUGGAAGGCGGCCGGGCGGCCCGUCUUCGGAGAGCGGAGGCUGCCCGAGCUGGUGAAGCCGCCCCCCCGGAGGCGCAGGUCGCUGGCCGCACGCUCGCCGGCACCGCCAGCUGCUGCAGAGACCCCCGCCGUGCUGCUGGCACCGCUGCUGCAGCGCCCAAAGGACGAGCCGGAGAGCCCAGGGAUCGGGGCUGCGGGGCGGACCAGGCGAAACACCUCCCCAAAAACAGGAGCAGAGAAGGGCCCGGCGCCGGGGAAGGCCCGGCUGCUGCUUCAUUCCCCCCCCCCCGGCCCCGCUGGCGCUGGGGAGCGAACCCCGGCGUCCCGGCCAGCGUCCGCACCGGGUAAUUACGUUGUCUCCCCAAAUUCCCCCUGCAGUUUCAAGUGGAUGUGGGAUUCUCCUUCACUUCCAGUCCUUAUCUGUUGCGUAGCCUGGCUGCGCGCCGCUACGCAGCUGCUGCCUUCCAGCCCGGAGGUGGCUGCAUUGCAGUGGUGGCCCGCGGGGACCGCGUCGGUGGAGCAUCGCCCGACCCCGCGGCCGCCCCACGCACCAGCUGCUGCAUCCCUCCCCAUCCCCUCCCGGGUGAGUACCGUGCCCCGGCCACCGAGCUCGUGUCCCCACGGGGCCGGAGCCACCCCCGGUGACCGCUGCUCUCCCGCAGGCUGCCACGGCGCCCUGAAGGAGGAGAGCGCCGAGCAGAAGGCAGGUUUUCCUGGUGAGACGUCCCCGGGGAUGGGAAGAGGAAACCCAGCGCUGCCGGCGGCCACCGCAGCCCCCGGCUCCCCCGGGACGGCCGCCGCGAGCGAGCAGGCGAUGGCGGUGGGCGAAGAGGCAUCGGACACGAGCCUGCACGGCGGCGGCGUGUCGGGCUUGCUGCAGAGCGUGCAGCAGCUGCUGGUGCAGAUCCUGCAGACGUCGCGGCAGCAGCAGGCGCUGCUGGAGAGCCUGGCCAGCGACACCGUCUCCCACCUCCACCUCCUCUCCCACAGCCUGGUGCAGGUGGGCGAGACCCUGCACCAGCUCCUGCUCCGGCCGCAAGCCCCCCACGGCCACUACGCCCCCCAUAUCCCUCUUUUCGAGGGCGGCCCCCAGGUCCCGCUGCUCCCCGGGCUCCCCUGCGACAAGGAGGAGCCCCCGGUGUCCUCCGACGCCGGCUGCGCCCCGCCGUGAGCGCGCGCACCCCUGCUGCAGAGGCCCCCGGAUGUUUUAGAAGUUUAUAGAAGACGCAGAUUUUAAUAACAUUAAAAAUAGCUUUUGUACCAGCA